ACUAAUACAAGUAAAAACAAAAAGCAAUUAACAGAGACAAUACUUGAAGGAAUUAAAUCUGGAAGCGCUCUGCAAAGUAGAUUUAAAUUGAUUCCUGAUACUCAUUUGAAUGGAGAAACAGUCGCCGCUAUUCAAGAUAUGAAUCUCGGUAGAGUACGAGAUGGAAAAAGUGUUGGCGCAGCUACUAUUCGUUUCGAUAGCGGACAAAAAUCAGCAUCUUAUAUUAAUAUCAAUCCAAAAGGUAAGCCUAAAGUAUCAGAUCCACAUAUUCAAGUUUCAGAAGGAGUGAUAGAAGGAGCUAAAAUUAUCAAUAAAACCUUAAAAUAUGUUGAUACGAGUUUAACAGUGGCUGCGGUAAUAAUUGAUUCCUACCAUAUUGGUUGUGCAUUUAAAGAUAAUUUGUAUAUUCGCGAUAACGCAAAAAAAAAUAAUAUUGGAUUAGAGGAAACUAUUGAAAAACUAAAAAAAACACUUAAAAUUGAAACUGAUUCAAGCAAAAGACAAGAAAUAAGAAAUGCUAUUAAACAUAUAAAAGAGAUUUUGAAAGAUGUAAAAUGUACAAGAAAAGUCCCGGUUAAAACAGUUUCAAUUACCGGAGAUUGGCUUGUCAGUGUAAUAUGUGGCUUUGGUGGAAUAUGGAUUGGUACAGAGAGCACUAUGAUUGGAAUUAUAUGUGGUGGCCCAGUUGGUGCAGCGAUUAGUGCUCCAAUUGGUGCAAUUAUUGAUGGAAUCGGAGGUAGAAUUAUAGGUGGUUUUAUGGGAAAUGAAGGUAGUGAAAUCAGCGAAAAAUAA